AUGCCGGCUCCUCUUAUAUCGGACAAAGUACCACGAUCCUGGACUGGUAUCGCAUCCAAAGGAGUAUUCGGGUCUACAUUCGUCAUCAAUUACGGAUCCCAAACCGCAGCAGUUGUUGGAGUGAAAACCGCAUUUUCCAAUUCUGAUGCACAAACCAAGUUGAUAACCAUCGCCAGCAGAUCGACUGGUCAUUUCGGGACGAACAACGUUGUCGUUAGUGCUGCGCAUAAUCAGAUUCAGCAAAUAAUCGCUCAAAUCUCCAACCGACUGAAUACUUCUUCUGGGAUCAAUUCUUCCUCUUCUCGCAUCGAAGGUGGCGUCGCGGAGACGGACAUAACAAAUGCGCCCUACUUUGCCAGGGUUGAUGCUACCAUUAAUGUUACAAUGAUUCCUAUCGUCAUAAGAUACCCAUGGCAGGGUGGAUCUCUGAUUUCGAAAAGACACGUUCUCACCACAGGCUGGUACAUCGAUCCGAAAGUUUUCGAACUCUCCAGUUUGACGGUAUUGAGCCUUCAUGUCACCCUGGGUGGCACUUCAAUGACAUCACCGAACGUGCAGGAUUUCAAUGUUACACUGUCGAACGUGAUUCGACACCCGGGCUAUGUCUUCAACUUUGAUUACCCUUUUAUAGAUCAAUUGAUUAAAAAUCAACCGGCGAUUCUGUACCUACCUUCAGAUGCCGUUUUAGGUGUCACUGUAAAAACCAUUCCGAUUAUUCACAAUGCCGGAGCCACGUACAUCGGACAAGGUGUCACGAUCCUGGACUGGAAUCGCACCGAAAGCGAUACUGAACUUCAGCACGCGAGUUAUGUCGGCGUAGAAUGCAACAGCAGUUCUGUAUCCCUAGGUCUGCAAUGGUCCCUGUGCUUCGAAUUACAAGAUUCCAGCGCCUCCAACGUGAACGACGAAGGAGUAGCUGGGUCUCCAGUCGUCGUCAAUUACGCAUCCCCCAUCGCAGCAAUCGUUGGAGUGAAAACAACCGUACUUUCGAAUUUAACAGAACCAACCAAGUUGACGACCAUUGCCAGCAGAAUUAUGGCUUUUGUGCCAGCAAACUCUGGCAGUUGCAGAAGUAUUGAAUUAUUUCAUCUGCAUAUGAUGGAGCUCUGGGAAUCAAUGAGACAUGAAAGGGAAGAGUUACGGCUUGCAUCUCGACUGAGACAACUCACUGAUGAGGAAUCUCGAAGGCUGCAAGAAAUCAGAGUGGUCCUUCGCCGUGAGUCUGCCAGGCAACAUUCUGCAAAUCAUCGAGCUGCAAUGAGUGACAGAGCCAGAGAGGAAGCUCGCGCUCAAAAUAGGAUUCGUUCAGCCAACCGUAGAGCUGCAAUGACUGAUCAGGAGAGAGAGCUGGCUCGCGCUCAUAACAGGAUUCAGGUAGCAAACCGCCGUGCUGCAAUGACAACCACACAAAGGGAGCAGGUUCAAUCUCAAGACAGGAUUCGUGUGGCUGACCGACAAGCAGCCAUGGAUGACCAACAAAGGGAAAUCACUCAGGAACAAGCCCAAAGAAAUUCAGCAAAUCAUCGAGCAUCACGCAGACACCAAGUUGACAGCAACCAUCCAAUGAUUGUUCUGCUAACAGUGCAAUCCAUCAACAGCAUCCUUUGCAGCAAUAACAAAUCAUUGGCAAACUACCCUGCACUUCCCCAGUUGAGUGACUUUGACAAUCUUCAACCAGAGCUGGGCAUAAAUUAUGCCCUGAACAAGUUCCCUGGGAAGAUCUGGAUCAUGUCUGCUCUGCUACCUUAUGAAAACAAGCUGUCUUGCAGACUGGAGUAUCCUCAUCUCUACUCCAAUAAGGGAAUCUUCAAAUUUCAAAAAUCCAUAUGGCACAAGAAGCUAUGCAACCAAGGUAAUGCAGUAUGGCCACAGUUGGUCAUUCAAGAGCAGAUGGAAUAUGAAGCCAGCAACAAUGAACUGGGUGGUUCCCAGUGA